AUGAACAUCAAUGAUUUUGUAACACUUCCAGGCUCAAAAAAUGGAACCUCAACAAGAUUUAAAGUAAAGACUGUCAGAGAACUGCAAUUGGAAAAAGCACAGUUAGAAAGAGAAACCAAAGAGAUGGAGAAGAAAUUACGGCAACUACAGUUAAACAUGAGCAGAGAAAAAGAGCAGAGAAAGAAAUCAAGUGCAUAUCACUGGAAGUCUGGACCAAUGACCAUGCAAACCCAAGUUUUGUUACAACUUAAAGAAAACAAUAACAAGGUUUCUUCAGGAAAAGUGAGGCUACAAAUACUCAAAGAACAUGUUCAAGAGCCAGUGAAAAAACCAUUUAAGCAUGAAAUGGCAAAGGCUGUAGCUCAUGAAAAAUCUAAAGUGAAGGAGAUGGCAUGUGGAGUGUGUGAAAUUAAGAGUGCACUGCUGACAGAAGCUGAUACACAUGUUGCAAGGUUGGAAGCUGUUGAUCACUUCAUCAAGGAAGUAAAUCUGAACAAAUUGAAAGUCAGUCAUGAGCAGAAGAAAGUAAAUAGCAAACAUCAGGUCACAACAGACAAGUUUUCAUCUCGCCUACUGUCAGUAGACAGUGCUGAGGAACUGCCCUCAGAAUCAACCUGUACAGACCUUGAAAAUCAGGACAAAGGAUUAUUACUAAAUGGUACGUUUAACGAGGAGGAAUCUGCACAGUUUUUUCAGGAAGCUUUGCUUCAAUGGAGAAAAGGUAAUGGUGACCACAGAGAACAGCUACAUCCCAGUAAUGUCUUACCAGAAUCUGUGGGCAUUUGUGAGGUACAGACCAAUCUUAUUGUUCUGAAGGAACCUGUCCAAAUUGAGUUCAAGAAAGGUGGCCUGAGCUACAUGGAGAAGCUCUUGCUUAAGAAAUACAGAAGAGCUGCUAUUGAUGAAGCUUCGGGUAGUUGUGUUAAAGAUUUAAGGCCUGUGGAAACACUGAGUGUACAUCAGGCUGUGAUUGAAAGUGGGGAAGAAGGAGAUGAUGACAUCGAUGAGUUAACAGCUGAAGAGGUGAGGAGAUACUGGACUUCUGUUUUUAGAGAGGAAGUACCCGACACUGUUUCUGAAAGAGCAGAGUCUUCUUUGAAAAUUGAGUUCCUUGAUGAUUAUUAUGACAAGGACUUGGAAGAAUCAUCUAACUUUUUGGUGAUUGAAGCUGAAAUGAAUGGGAAGGAAAUGAAUAUGGGAAUGAAUAAGGAAGGAAAAAAUGAACCACCGGAGCAGUUUGAAAGAAAUCCCAUUUCUUCUGAAGAAAUUUCUCAAGAAAAAGUGGUUGUCUGCAGUCAUCUUGAAAGAAAUGCUGUGCAAAAGGAGAGUGAUGAGCUACAGACUGUGAGAGAACUACCUGAGAAGAUCUCUAACCCUUCUGAGCUAAUGAGCAAUAAAUUCCUCCUUGAGACACAACUGCAGAAAAUCCAUAAAGAUUCACAAGAGCUGGACAGUGUCUGCAACAACCAGAGUUUGGUUUUGCCUGUAAUUACAAAGCAUUCAGUGUUACAGGAUGUAGCCAAAAGACAGAAAUCUGCUUCCACACAGUACUGGGGGCUGGAAGGUUUCUUUGUUGGAGGUGCAAGCCCUAAACAACUAAUGCCUGAAGCACGUUCUUUACUCUGUGCUGACUCUACCCCUGUGGACAGUGAUAUACCAUUUCCAGGAAAUGGAAGGUGGGUUACUGAAAGGAGCUUAAGUGAAAAUGCUGAUGAUUCUGUAGUUCAAGGUGUCUUGGAAGGUCAGUUGAUGAGACCUUCAAGUGGUUUGGAGAUUCAAAAUAGAAUUUCUGCCCCGAUGCUGGCACAGAGGUCAUGCCCAGGGAAUAAUUCUAGAAGACCUUGGUCAACAGACGCACUAAAUUGUAAACAGACUGGAAAUUGUCCAACAAACAUACAGGCAAGACCAAAGAGCUCAUCUGUGCAUGUAUGUGAAGUUGAUGCUGAGGUACCAAGACACAAAUGCCUUGAUAGAACUAAACAAGGUGUGCGUCUUUGGGAAUGUAUUGCUGACCAAGAAGCCUUACUUGCUCUGGAAAAGGAAUUACAAAGUUGUACAGGUCCUGAAAAUUAUUACAGCUUAACUACUGAAGAUGUAAAUUCCUCCAGCAGACAUUCAGAGAAGAUAUGUAGACAUACUACAGAUUUCCAUAAAAAUCUGGAGCUAAAAGGCCACAGCAGAGCUGAUACUCUUAAGGGCUGGGAUGAAAGCCAAAUGGAUGAUGAGGAAGAAAUUCUGGAGGAUAAGCAACAGGUUCUUGCACUACACUGA